GUUUUUCUUGAAAACGUCGGUUCGGCCAGAGUAAGAAUUUUUUGUAUCGGGAUUUUCAUGUGAAUUAAAAAAGAAAAAGGAAAUUUAUAAUAUUUUGUUCAGAAUUCAGAUUCUAUUCUGUCUCUCCGUCUGUUGUGUCUUGUGUGGUUAUUGUGGCGGUAACUGAAAAUAAUAAUUAACUAAAAAAUUCCUAAUUAAAAAAUAAGUCUGAACUCCACUAUAAUCUGUGUUCAAAAACGAAAACAGCAUUUAACUGUAAAAAACAAACAGAGUUCUGUCGUCAUCGUCGUCGUAGUCGUUGUUGAUAAAUCACAGCAGCAGAAGUCGAAGCAACGUCAAGAAAAUUCGUCCAAAAAUAAAACGAAACAUUAUAUAGUUUAUCAUCAUCAUCAUAAUGGCUAACGGAGGAUUAACGUGUGUCAAGUUCAUUACAUUCUUUUGUAAUCUACUUUUUGCACUCACAGGAUUGUUAAUCUUUCUUGUUGGAUUCACAGUUCAAUUAAAAUACAAUCACUAUUCAAAUUUUGUCGGAAACAACAUUUGGACCGUUCCGAUAAUUUUAAUGAUUGUUGGUCUGGUAGUGGCAGUUAUAUGUUUCCUGGGAUGUUGUGGAGCUGUCAAAGAGAAUAGUUGUAUGAUUUUGUCAUUUGCAAUUCUGGCUGUUCUCAUAUUCAUUGCUGAAGUUGGAUUGGGCAUUGCUGGUUAUGUCAAACACUCUGGUCUGCAAAAUGUUAUGGAAGGACAAUUUAAUUUGACAAUGGAACAAUAUUCUGAGCGAAAAGACUAUCGUGACACUUGGUCUCUAGUCCAAACCGAGCUCAAAUGUUGCGGCACAUACGAAUCAGCUGAUUGGGAAAGAAUUCUACACAAUACCACUUUACCAAAAUCCUGCUGUUCAGUAAUUAUUACCGAAGAAGCAACUGAUUGCACAACAAAACACGCACAUACCGAGGGAUGUUUCAACAAAUUAUUAUCCAUAAUCGAUUCGAAUACGUUAACCUUGGCUGGAGUUGUAUUAGGCGUAGCUGGAAUACAGAUCCUGACGAUAAUGUUUGCCUGUUGCUUGUUCCGUUCAUUUGGUAGAAAUUAUGAAACGGUUUAAAGAGAAGAUUAAAAAACAAAAUAACUUUUAAUAACAAUACAAAGUGCAAAGAGCAAUUGAAGUCAUUUUAUAUGUUUUUUCUUAAUUUGUCUUUUUAUUAUUUUAAACUUUUAUUUUACUUUUACUUUUAUAUCAAUAUUUAAAUUAGAAUGGGAGUCGAAAAAAGUAAAAUGGCUGCCGGUAAGCAAAAAAAUAAAUAAUAAAAUAGGUACAUUCAUAAUUUCAUUGUCGUUUUAAAUAAGAGUUUUUAAACAUUCAAAAAUAAUAAUUUAAACUAGUUUUUUUUUAAAUUUUUUUGAAGAGAAGAAAAUGUUAAUUACAAGAAAACUAUUAAUUUAUACAAAUAUUAAAAUGUUAUUACGAAAAUUUUAUUCUACAAAUUAUUGCAUAAAAAAGGGAACAAAAUUAUUUAUCAUGUUUAUGAGAGCUGUAAAUUAGUAUAAGAAACAUUUAAGAGGCAAAACACUAACAAGUAACAAGUAAGAAAAAAUAAGUGACUUCAUGUAGUAAUGAAGUUAAUAGAUUUUUGACCCAAUAACAUACGCAAUUUAUUUGGCAUUUCUCGUGGUUUCGUAUACGUUUAUCAAGGUGCUCCCAUGAGUGAUCAAUAGGAUACAAGUCAGGACUUUAAGGUAACGAGCAUGUGUAGUGUAUUAUACUCGAUCAAUAUCUUUAGAUCUAGAGCGCAGUUUUAUGUUUUGUACCCAUUCUCAAAAGUUAUUCACGCAAUAUUUCUUUAGUCAGACCUAUAAAUCUUCUAACAGUCCCUUCAGAAAGCUUUUUGUGUUCAAAUUACUUUUAUAAGAACGAAUAUGGUCGAAUCAUAACCUUUCGUUCGGUAGGUAAGCGUUUUUGAGCGUUUGUGCGUUUUAUCGACGUUAUGUGUUUAAGCAACCGAAUAGAAAGUAGAUUUACUUUUGCUUUGGCCUGGUAUAUUGGUCUGACGUUUACGAUAUUAAUAUACAAAGCGGUCGUAACGCUAGAGAUAAAAUUUCAGAUUGUCUCAUAAGAUUCCUUGAUUUUUUAUUCCCAAAUGUCAAAGACUCACCGACCCAACGCGAGGUUGUGGUUUAGCUAUAAAAUUAGGUGGCAACAGUUCUUAGAGAACUAGGGCCUAGUGACUUACAUACAAUUUCUUUAUUUCCUCUCAUCCCUUUCAUUGAACACAAAAUAGCUGAUUUAGGAGCUGUUUCUAUUUGUGCUUGUUUCACGAAGAAGUUGAUUCUAUGCCUGCGUAAAUUACAUCAUACGAAUUGUCAGAACUCAUAAUAUUCAUCAAUUUUAAAAAUACAACAUAGAAGGUAAACAAAUGGGUUUUGGAGGGCGAAACGUAGUUUUUAAAUCUUCAUAAAGAAUGUUUUUGAAACAAAUCUUAACUGUUUUGUUGACAAAUUACGUUAUUUGGAACUAAAAAACAAUAAAUGCCUUUUUAUGAUUUUUUGUUUUUCAUGUAAAAUUACAAUUUUGAAAUACUUUAAAACGUUUCGAGAAUGAUAAUGCCAGUCUUCAGCACUCUUUAAAUUUAAUAUUCCAAUUUUAACGAAGAAAAUAAAUGUAAUCGCACUCGAAACUUCGUGUGGUCUGUGAACGACGUGUCGAUGUGAACAACAUUUUACAUAAAGAAAAAAGUUACGUAAAAGUAAUUGAUAUCAAAAAUGAUUCGGUUGAAAAUGAGUAAAAAUAAUGCAUAAAUAUUAAGGUGCAACAUGACUUUUAGUUUACAGUUUUGUGAUUUGUUUAUUGAUUUCAGAUGUGUUUUUCUUUGAACAAUUUCUUAUUCGUGAAACAAUUUAUUAAAGGAUUAAAUCGAUACAAAUUGAAGCUAAACCAAAUAGGAUAGGGCUUAGUAUUAUCAAGUCUGUAGUAGAGGUCUAAGUUAAAAUUUCAACGAGCACCAUCUUUCAGAUUUUCUUUAGACUUUGACUCUGUUUAAAAAUUGAGAAACCCUCCAUGCGUAAAUCUUUUAAUGAAAAAUUAAAUCUCAAUUUAAUUUUUUCGGACUCAACUUGAAAUAAGUGUUUCUACCAAACGGGGAUAUCAAAAUAAAAGUGAAAUCGUCAGAGUUGUAAAGACUAAAGUCUUUUACUAACUGCAGUCAGUUAAGUCAAAGUUUAUUUACUUAAAAUUUUAAACUCGUGGUUUGACUUUGACUUUUUACUAUGUAGUUAAAAGUCACAUUCAUGACUUUGACUUGAAGUCAGUUUAAAAGUCAAUUUGACUGCAGUCUGUUUAUCUCCAUACAGUCUUUGAAAUCAUUUAAAAGUCAAUUUUAAAAAUCAGUAAGUCAUUUGAAUGCAGUUUUUUUUGACUUAAGCAAAGACACUCCAUAUAAAACAUCUGUCAAAAAAGUAAAUACACUGCAUCGAAUUGCUGAUUCACAUUACAAAAUUUACGUAAUGUCAAAAUUACAAAUACAACUAUUUAAACAAAUGGGUGUUGGAGGGUAAAAAGUACGAAAGAUUCCGGUCUUUAAUCUUUAUAUGGAGUGUCUUCGGACCUAGGCACGAGUUAAUCAUUUGCUUUGAGAUAAGGAAUGUGAUGUUGGUAAAAAUCAUAUAAAUAUGUGUAUUUUUUAGACAAAUUAAUUAAAAAGAUCAAUUCAAAUACAAAUAUCACAAUUUCACAUUUAUAAACCUAUUUUAUGUAGGAAUUUGAAAACAAUCACCCUUAUCUAUUCUAUCUUAGUUAUUGACUUUAAAUAUUCAAAAGCCUGCGUUGAAAUGACUUACUGAAUUUAAAUUUUGAAUCACUAUGAAGUCAAAGAGACUGCAGUCAAAAUGCCUUUAAGCCAAUUGGGUUUCCAAAUAUGAUUCAAGUCAUGGCAUUCAAAAAUUACUUAACUUUUGUUGUUAAAAAGUCCAAAUCAUUUUGAAAGUCAAAAGACUUAAAAAUACGUUCAAAACAAAUGACAAAGUUCGUGAAAAAGGCGACAUUUAUUGACGCACAUUUUUCUGUUCAUUAAACUUCUAGCUUUGACAGAUUCAUAAAACUACCUUGAAACCAAACAUACCUUUUAACUGAUUUGUAUUAAUUUUGUAUGUUCUAGUGAUUUUUUAAAGCAUCCAUCUUCUGUAUGAAAUUAUGCAAUAGUUGGUAAAAUAAAAUACGUUUUACUUGAACUUUUUAUUUUAUAUCAUUUAUUAAUAAAUUUCUCUAUAAAUCGGAUAUGCAAUAGUUUGUUAAUAGACAAAAAAGAUGAAACUUAUCUGUUAAAUAUAUACUAUAAAAUAAAUUUAUGAACAUUGUACGUACGUAUUUGAUUGAAAAAAUAGAUUCUAAGAACAAGUUUUAAAAUAAAUAAGUUUAUCAAUUAAAAUAUUCAUUAAAUUAAUUAUAAAUAAACAAAAAAAACACAAUAAGAAUGAAAACAAAAAUUUCAAUGCAUAAUUAAUAAACUCAAGUAGAUAACAUACAUACUUACUAAAUAUGCAUCAAAUACCAUAACCAAUCUGCACCACAACUCUUUGGUUUUUAAUCCUACUGUUUUCAUCUUAAAAUAAAUCACAUUGAUAUACAUAUAUACGUAACUCGAUAUUUUUUGCGUCCAAAUUAAAAUAAAUAAACAACAGAAAAGUAAGCACUAAAAAAUGUUACAUUUUUUGUUUAUUCUACAAAAAUAAAAUUAACAAUUUAAACAUUCCCCAUCAGGUGUUCAAAUGUUAGUAAGAAGAGUUUUUGUUCUUAAUUCAAGUGUUUUACAUUUAAUUAUUUUAAAUUUUCUGCAUUCCCAUGAAAUAAUUUAUCAUAAACCCAACAAUAUUGUUAUCAACUUUUUUAAAAUAUACUAAAAUAAUUGCGAUUUUUUCGCAUUGACUCACUUUACUUUACAAAUAAAGUGUUCUCUCUAAAAGCAAAAAGACAAAACAAACAAAAAUGGAAAAUGUUAACUUUUAUACCAAAUAUUGUUCAACGGUUGAUGUCCUCUUUUUUUUUAUUCUUUUAUAAUAUUUAAACAAAAAGAAAAACAAAACAAAAAAUAUCCCAAAAGACUUGUGUAUUUUUCUUGUGCAAUUUGUAUUGAAUUUCUCAAAAAAAUAAAAUUUAAUAAAAUAUUUGUGGCAACACCACAGAGAAAGUGUAACUUUUUUUAUAUAUAUAAAAACAAAAACAAAAAUAUGUAUGUUUUAUGUGUAUUUCAUUCUUUUGAUAUAUUUAUGUACACUCUAAGAAUUUUACAAAUAAAAUUUUAAAUUAUUCAAGUAAUUCUAAAUUUUA